AUGCAGAGGCAUUUCAAGCGCACCAGGGAUGGUAAACAGAUUGAAGGAGUUUUUAAGGGAAGCCAUAACUUUGACAGAUUUGGGCCUGCAAUAAAAUACAAGUGCAUGAAUCUAAUCCAAAGUAUAAUCAGAGAUCCUCAAAGCUGGCCUUUCAGAGAAGCUUUGGAUCUUAAUGAAUGGUAUGCCCCAAGGUAUAAACAUGUCAUCACUCAGCCUAUGGAUCUCUGCACCAUAAGAUCAAGGCUGCAGAAUAAUCUCUACUUACAUCCCAUGGAAUUUGGUCAUGAUAUAGACUUAACUUUUGAUAAUGCAAUGAGAUACAAUCCUCCAAGUAGUGUUUAUCAUGAGAUGGCAAAGAAACUGCUUCAGAAUUUCUAUUCUCAGUGGAAACCCAUUGGAAUAGAGAUUGCUAAAAGAGUGAAUCAGACCUCACUUUCUGGGCUUAAGGGUUUCAGCAAUGUGAAGCCAAAAGCCUUGAAAUUUGUGUGUGAAAAACCCAAUUCAAAUAUGAAUGAGAAAGCAGAGGAUAUGCAUAAAUUGCAUGUUUCAGAGCAAUCAGAAGAGAAAAGACUGGUUAAGGAGAAUGAGGACUUUGUAUGUGAAAAACCCAAUUCAAAUAUGAAUGAUAAAGCAGAGGAUAAGCAUAAAAUGCAUGAUUCAGAGCAAUCACAAGAACAAGAACUGGUUAAGGAGAAUGAGGACUGUGAAAACUUUUAUAAUACCAACUUUUGGCCAUGUUAUGAUAGUAUCAUGGAUCUGGGCUCUGUGAAGUCAGAGCUACAAGAUCAUAGACAUUCAUUGCACAGAGAGUUUGCAGAUGAUGUGGAAAUGACAAUUGAGAAUGCAUCAGAGAAUGACCCUUCUGAUGAGUAUCAUACCAUGGAUGAGGAUGACUACUCUAAUGAGUACCAUACCAUGGAUGAGAAUGACCCUUCUGAUGAUUAUCAUACCAUGGAUGAGAAUGAGCUUGAAUGUUUUCAAAUCCAAUGGAAGAACUUUCUUACAGAAUUAGAAAAAGGCAUUAAGGAAGAGUCUAAGCAAAAUAACAGGCAUGUUGUUAGGAUGAGAAUUCCCUGUCACCAUAGUUCUAAUGGAAAGUUGUCUGGUAAAGGGAAAAUUGCAGAGCAAGUGAAACAUCCAAAGUGGGAGAACUGUGAGCAUUCUUCUUCAUCCUCAGUAGAGGUUUUUCCUGCUGUAAAUGUGGCUGGUCCCUUCACUAACCAUUGGGAUAGUUCAGAGACGGAUUUUCAAGGAAGCAAAGAUCAUUAUGAAGGUGAAGAGGACGAGGAUGAGUCAAAUGAGUUAUCAUCAUUAUCAUUUUUUGAUGGAGAUGAAAACUACACUAAAGAGGGCAAUGAUGACUACGAUGAGGAUUAUGAUUCCGAUGAAAUGAAUUAUCACGAGAAAAAGAAAAUAAAAGGAAAGGAAAUAUUCUUCUAUAACUUAUGA